AUGGCCGAUUUUGUCAAAAACGAAGAUGAGAAGAGAUUCUGGAGAACCGUUCGGAAAAAGCACUGUGAGCGCUUCCCUAUUUUUAUCCUCCGUCUAUAUUUAUGUCUUCAGAAAAAAAGUUUAUAAUGAAGACUUCGACUGAAAAAUCGAAAGCGAAAUAUCUCAUUACCGAUAAAAAUUACACAAUCUUACGAUAUUAAAUGUUUUGCAGUGAGUAAGUGGAAAUCGGUCCUGGUAAACGACCUCGACAACUGUCCUUUCUACAGAGAGAUACCUUCCUCCGUGAGUUACCUAUUUAUUUCGUCGUAUGGUUUUUCUUUUUCAGUUCGUGGCGAUCGAAAAUGUGUCACCCCAAGAACAAGAAAGGCUCAUCUUCAAUGAGAUGUACCUUUUUCUUUUGGUAGGCCAUUAAAAUGAAAAGUUUAUUUGUUUGUCCUGAACUCCGCAAACUCGAAAAUUACUUCAUUUAGUUUAUUUUUUUCCCUAUCCGAAACUUUUCAUAAAAACUUAUUACAUCAGAAAGCCACUUUGACAUUUAAUUUUUAUGUCAAAUCGAGUUCAGAAAACUUCUCCAAUACUCUUUUUCAAAUGAAAGUAAUCAGAUCCUCAUCUAGGCUUUUAAUAUGCGCAUAGAAGAAAAAAGUUACAAAGAAACUCAGAAACGUGAAAACAGUUCUUACUGACCUUUUUGUCAAGUGUGAAAGAGAAAAAAAUUUAUCUCCUUCAGGGAUACCAAAGCGAAAAUAUUCGUUUAGCCAGUUUCAACUCGACUUCUUUCCCAACUUCUAUCGUUCUCAACCAUUCUCUCGAUCCUUUCAUAAGGUAUUUCUCGCAAACCUUUUUAAUUAUUUAAUUUAAUCAAGGAGCGAAUUGGAGCGUUUCAAACACGUACUCAUUUCGUUGGCGGUCAUUCGUCUCGCCUGCUACAGUUUGUUUUUGUUUCUUUUCCUAGAAACGAUAUUUUCCAGGAAUUCAGAACGACGGCGUCUGUUUCUCGGUGAUCAGUAGAGCGGUAGCUACGGAAAUCGACACCAAGAUUCAUGAGUUCAUGAACGAAAUACUGAGAAAACUCGAUGAAAACAAGGUUUUUUUUGGCUCCGAAUAAUCUUCUAAUUACCAUCAACUCGCACAAAAACCUUUUUCACUGUUGUUUUUUGUCUUUGCGCUUAUUUUCCCUUGGAUGUCAUGGUACUUAAAGGUCUCUAUAGGGGCAACCUUAAGACCACUUUACAACCCCUAUAGGGUCCACUAAAGCUUGCAAAAGUGGUCCCUAUGAGGUUUUCAGUUAGUGACUCUUAUAUGGACAUUCUAGUCGAUGACGCCCCCUAUAGAGAUCACUUAAGCUUCAGGGGCUAGGGGGUCAGACCCUAAGCCUAUAUAGAGACCUCUUUUUUGUCCCCUAUAGGUGUUUUUUGCCCCUAACCCUUAUAGAGGCCACUUGAGCUUUAGGGGCUAAGGGGUCAGACUCGAAACCCCUAUAGGGACCGCUUUUUGGGUCUCUAUAGGGACUUUUUUCCCCCUAACUCCUAUAGAGACCACUCUGAGAUUCACAAGUAGCAUGGCUUUUUUUUACAGGAAUCGGCGAUGGUUUUGAACCUUUUGUUUCGCGAAGUGCACGAGAUCAGUGAAACACUGAUGUUCUUCAGUGACAUCGCGAAAAAAAUUUACAAUGUUUGAAAAAUUCAAAAUAAAAAUAAAUCAAGGCCAAGAUUUCAGGAACAAUUGGUGGGAGGCCAGGUUUUGAGCAUGUUGCAUUUGAAGAGAAAUCAGAUUUAUGCCGGCCGAUCGCAGAAACACCUGGAAGAACUCUUUGAGGUUUUUCGCAGUUCUCUUCAUUUUAUCAAUGGAAUUUCUCAGGUUGGGUGGCGGAUUUUCGUCGAGUAUAUGGGGCGACUAGUCACGUCUUUCGAAGCUGACGACUGCAAUUACGAGGUUUUUCCGAAUAAAAAUCGAUGAAAAUUUCGUGCUCAAAGUGAUUCCGCGAAAUACAAAGUAGCCGUCAGAGAUAGAAAAAGAUAACUAAAUUCGGGAGGGUCAGAGACCAUUUUGCAUUUUGCUGAAAUUACUUUGAACACGGCAUAACUCUACUAUGGGAUAAUUAAAUAUAUGUCAAUUGGAAUCCCCUGAAAAGCACAUUUAAACUUCUUUUUACGUAAUCUUGUAGUAAAUUUUUUUUUUUCGUAGUUUUUAGAAAGAGUUGUGGCUUUCCGAAAUGAUUUUUUAGAGGAAAAAUGAGAUCUUUAUAAAAAACAACGUUUUUUUCUAAAUUUUGGAAGGUAAGUGGAAAGGUCCCAAAGAGUGUCUCCUCACGAAUCUCCUUUUUCCAUAAAAUUUUAUCUUCUUUGCAGUUUGCUAUGUGGUCAAACAGAAGUAUCGAUUCGUCAGAAUUUUCGAGGCUCAAUAUGCAGUAAGGCUCUCAAAAAUGAAUAGUUGAGAGAUUUGAGCUGUUUUCAGCUCCGAGUACCGCACGAGGUCCUCUCGAUUCGUCAUCAUCGACGACCUCUGUCCGAGUUUCCUUCACAAACAUCUGAAGGUGUUCCUCCGGUGUGCCGAGUUCGGCGACCUUUUCGCCUUGGCCGAGAGCCAGAAACGUAGAAAACAAAGGCGUACCCCGGGAGACGUCGACAAGGUUUUGGAGCUCGAAAAGCCGAGCCACGAGGCGCUUUUGGCCACUUUCCGGGAGGUCGAAUGGAACAAACUCAACGUCGACGCCACUUUCCGAUUGGUUUACUUUUAUUUACGAACUUGAUCUUGCACGAGAAAAAUGCUAUACGGACAGUCAAAAUCUGCGAGCUCCUGACAUACUAUUGUCUAGAAUCUCUUCUUCCUCGCCAAUCAGAUAACAGAGAGAAACUUUUUGAAAGCUUUUAUCUCAAAAACAUACAUCGGCUAACCAACAUUUUUGUGACGUCAUCACGUUACCCCUCCUUGAAGAAGUACGUACUCCCCCGCAAGAGUCUUUGAUGUGAACUGACUUUAAGAGUUGAGAUAAAAAAUUUUUAGGCUACUGAAAAGUGAUUUUUUUUUAAUUAGCAGUUUAUUGGCUCAAAAAAACGUCCGGAAGCUGAGAGAUCAAAAACUGGGUCCUUAUUUAGGUAUGAGGCCAGUAUAGGCCAUUCCGCGCCAGCUUGUCACGUUUUUCUUUCCGCCAAAAGGCUAGGUCAAAUUUUACCAACUUCGCUUCAAGACCUUUGUUUCUUUCCGUUAUAAACGCAGAAAUUUGAUCUAACUUGGUAUACAUGCGAAAGUAAUAAAUUCCAUGUUAUGCUCAAGAAUCAGAAGUUUGUGCAUAUAAGGACUAUUUGGAUAUAAUUCUGACAUAUGAUUUGGGAAAAUUUCGUAGAAGACUCUAAAAAAUGACUCGGCUUGUCGGCAUUUGUGGAAAAAUUCAUUUAAAGAUGGUUCUGGUUUUCAGCUGGCACAGCUUGAGCGGAAAGGGUCCGCCUGUCUUUUACAACAACUUCGACAAGCGAACAAUGUCGACGCUGACCUGAGGUAAAGGUUCUUCUUUUUCAAUCUAGUGACGUCAUUUAAAUGAAAAAGUAAUUUUUAUUAUUUUUUUCCGAUUUCAGAUUCAUCAAAUUUGCGCAACAAAAAGUUUUGUUCUGUUUUCGGACCGAAAUUUUGAAAGACCAGCUAAAAUUCUUUGAACUCGUUACUCUUCCAGAGAAGCGCAUCAAUUGGUUCUGUUCGGAAAAUGCAUCGAAGAUUUGCUCCAAAUCAGCGUGAGUGAUGAAUUGCUGGACCUGUUGGUGGAUGUAAGUGAGAAAAUCUUGCAGCAAUAACCCUGAAACUCAGGAAGUCUCCAAACAUACUCUCCAGAAGCUCACGAAUAAGCUUCUGGGCGAGGGAGCGGCCCAGGCCUUGCCUUUCUGGAAAAAUUUUUCGUUGGUUACUCUCAUCAUUAUUUUCCCAUCCUUCAACACACAGAUUCGUUUUGGAUCGUGAAGAUGUCUUCAAAAUCGUUUGCGAUUCCAAUGUCCAGUUGAAGGGUUACCGCGAAACAAUGGACUACGGACGCGAAGAGGUUUAAAUACAUUCUUUUUUGUUUUUUUGUUAUUUCAAAGUUCCUCAAUUGGCAUAUGCCCUCAAUUUAUUUAUUUCUACCUUUUUAAUGGCUAUAGUAGACGCGAAAUAGGAAUUUCGCGUUGUGAAGAGUAACGAAACUCGAAAAAAAUGUUUUCUUGCUUUCGGAAAUUGGGAAGCCUCCUGAAUAGGUAUAGCUGAUUCACGGAGCCAUUAAAAAAGGUCCUGAUACGAUAAGAAAAGAGAUUGUGUCUGGUUGGUGGAGAGCACAGAAAGGCCACGCCCCUCAGCUUCCCAAGCUAGCUGUGAAUCGGCUUCUUAUUUUAUUGACUAUUGAUAAAUUAAAAAAUCAAUCAAUUAAUCAAAGAAGUUUUUCAUCUGUAGGAUCUGUGCUUCUUCACGGCGUUGUCACUAUCAUUCCGAUGCCCGCCAGAACUGGAGACCUUGUUGGCGCCCAGAGCCAUCGAAAACGCCAUCUACGUGUUCCGGCUUCUGUUUCAGUUCUCUGUCGCCUCGCAUAAAAUAGCCCUGGGGUAGGACUACUUCUCGUGUCCUUCCAUCAAAAAGUCGUCAGGAAAGAGUCGCUCCGCGGCAGAAUGCCGUCGCAAGGCGGCGACUCCGACGGAACGGCCCUCCGAAGAAAGUUGCUCUUCUCCCUCGACGCUGCCUUGACAAGACUCAAACGGCAUUUUUCCGUCUACACACAGUAUGCUCUCCAGAUGUUCAACAGUAGCUUGGCUUCUGUAGGGAGAAAAUGUAUUCCAUAGACUACUGAUUAAUCUUCAGGCUUCUUCAAUCGACGAGUAUAUCGCCGCCCAAAAUUCCCUCUCCUACAACGUCCUGCGGGUACGCAAGACAAUAUGAGUUUUUCGAAAUCUUGCGAAUUCAGAUGGUUGGAAUGAAUGAAUGGAGUCGAUUAAUCUACAUGAAAGAUCUCUUGAGUAUAGUCCGCCGUUACGACGAGGGAAACGAAGUGAGUUAGAACUUGGUUUUAGCCUUAAUAGCUUUUUUCAGAGUCUCGUGUUACUGGCUGCAGAUUUCGAAGAUCUCCUUUCUACAGCGAUGGUGGACGUUCCAGAAUAA